CAAAAAUAACGCCUGGAGCUCUCCCGCGCCAUGGCCUCUGUCUCCGAGCUCGCCUGUAUCUACUCGGCCCUUAUUCUGCACGAUGAUGAGGUGACCGUCACGGAGGACAAGAUCAACGCCCUCAUUAAAGCAGCCGGAGUGAACGUCGAGCCUUUCUGGCCGGGAUUGUUUGCAAAGGCUCUGGCUAACGUCAGCAUCGGGAGCCUCAUUUGCAACGUGGGGGCCGGUGGGCCCGCCCCCGCCGCCGGGGCUGCCUCCGCAGGAGACCCCGCGCCCGCCGCCGCCGCCGCCGCCCCGGCUGAGGAGAAGAAAGUGGAAGCGAAGAAGGAAGAGUCCGAGGAGUCUGAUGACGACAUGGGCUUUGGUCUUUUUGACUAGACCUCUGUAGGAACGCAUCCAAUAAAAAGCUGAGCUCUUAAAAAA